CUCCAUGGAAUACCCAAAACCAGUCCAAAAUACAAAAAGUCUCAACGGCUCUACCUCACAUGACUAAUCAGCAAUUAUUCAAUUUAUGCUUUUGUUUCUUCCCCGAGGCAUGAGGAAAGUUGAUACGCAAUAUAUGGAAGAUGUCUAUCGGUUUGAAAACAGAACGUGCUUUUCUCUUUCCUUCCUCCUUUCCUCCAACACAGAACAAUUCCUCCUCGGUUGACUGUUAUCUAUUUCGGGUAUUCUUGUAAGGUGAAGAGAUGGGCGAGCAAAUUCAACGACCGGGCGGCGAAGUGAGCGCCGAUGAUGUGGUGGCGGGGCUGCGCGAGAGCUUUUCGUCGGGGAAGACGAGGAGCUAUGAGUGGAGGGCGGCUCAGUUGAAGGGCAUCAUCAGGAUGAUCAACGAGAAGGAGGAAAACAUCAUGGAAGCGCUACAAGCUGAUCUAUCCAAGCCAAAGCUUGAAUCUUUUGUCCACGAGAUUUCGUUGGCAAAGUCUUCAUGUGGAUUGGCUUUAAAGGAGUUGAAGCGCUGGAUGAAGCCUGAGAAGGUGUCAAGUAUGCUAACGGCUUUCCCCUCAUCAGCAGAGAUUGUGCCAGAGCCUCUUGGUGUUGUGCUGGUUAUUUCUGCUUGGAAUUAUCCAUUUUUGCUUUCUAUUGAUCCAGUCAUAGGAGCUAUUGCAGCGGGUAACGCUGUUGUUCUGAAACCAUCAGAAAUUUCUCCAUCCACAUCAUCUUUCUUUUCUAGUGUACUGCCGAAUUAUGUUGAUGCUUCUUGUAUUAAAGUUGUUGAGGGAUCUGUUCCUGUAACUACCGCACUACUGGAGCAGAAGUUUGAUAAAAUACUCUAUACAGGAAAUGCAAAAAUUGGUCGCAUUGUUAUGGCUGCUGCUGCAAAGCACUUAACACCAGUAGUUUUGGAACUUGGUGGAAAAUGUCCUCUUGUUGUGGACUCUGAUGUUAACCUGAAAGCUGCAUCGAAAAGAAUUGUUGUCGGCAAAUGGGGAUCCAAUAAUGGACAAGCUUGUUUGGCACCAGAUUAUAUUAUAACAACAAAAUCAUUCGCUCCGAAAUUAGUUGAUGCUCUAAAAGUUUCUAUUGAGAAAUUUUAUGGAGAGAAUCCUUUGCAGUCCGAGGACCUUUCUCGUGUAGUGAAUUCAAAUCAUUUUGCACGCGUAUGUCGACUCUUGGACGACGAAAAAGUUUCAGGGAAGAUCAUUCAUGGAGGAACAAGAGACGAGAAGCUUCUAAAGAUUGGUCCCACUCUGUUGUUAGAUGUUCCACAUGAUUCUUUGAUAAUGCAGGAGGAGGUUUUUGGCCCUUUGCUUCCUAUUGUCACUGUUGACAAUAUGGAGGAAUGUUUUGAUGUGAUAAACUCAAAGCCAAAGCCUCUGGCCGCUUAUCUCUUCUCCCAGAACAAGAAAUUUGAGGAAAAUUUUGUCAGAAGUGUCUCUGCUGGUGGAAUUCUUAUCAAUGACACAACCAUGCAUUUUGCGAACCCAAAUCUGCCAUUUGGAGGAGUAGGAGAGAGUGGAGUGGGCUCGUAUCAUGGAAAAUUUUCUUUUGAUGCCUUCAGCCACAAGAAGGCUGUUCUGCGCAGGAGUUUCGGUGGAGAAGUAUCUGCAAGAUAUCCACCAUAUACACCACAGAAGCAGAAGUUUCUGAGGGCUCUUCUUAAUGGCGACAUUGUUGGGCUGAUUCUAGCCAUGUUUGGUUGGCCCAGGUCUUGAUAAUCUAAACUGCAACACCAAGUUGCUUAACUUUUUGGGUGCAAAAUAUAAAUUAUAUUCUGAAAUGAACUACACAAUAAUAUGUAAGAUAAUAAAAUUGUCUAUGUGGAUUGUUGAUUUUUUUAUUGUUUAA